AUGCAGCUUGAUUGUUUUUCCGGUAGCUUGACAGAGACUCUGUCAAGUGUCAGAACAGCUUGCCAAGAGGGAAAACUAAGGGAAAAUGAUGGGCUGAGCACGAAAUUGCUGGGUUUUGAGAGUAAGAGAGGAAGCUUGCUCUCUAAUGUGGUUGAUGCUUGUUGGGUAAAAGAGGCCCCUUUUUAUAGCCGCUGGAAGCUGACAUUUUCCAAGAAAUCCUAA